AUGGCUAAGAGCACUGUGUCACUGCUGCCACUGUUGCUGGUAGUGCAUGGCAUCUGUGUACCAGUCUCAACACAAGUCUGUAGACUGCUUGGUCAGUCUGCCCUCCCUCUGGUUUCUGAAGAUAGAGACAUCAACAUAGGAGCAAUUUUCUCACUCCAUAAAAGUGCUCUUUUGAAGAUCCAUAAUUUCACUUCCAAACCAGAGCCAACAACAUGCGGAAGCUUGAACUUGCGUGAAUUUAAAUUUGUUCAGACUCUGAUUUUCGCUAUUGAGGAGAUUAAUAACAGCACACAGCUGCUGCCUGGUGUUUCUUUGGGUUAUAAAAUAUAUGACUCCUGUGGUUCAAUAACUCAGGCUAUCUUCUCAGGCAUGGAUUUGAUGAAUGGUUAUGAAGAGACACUGAGUGAUUCGUCCUGCUCUAGACCACCAGCUGUUUAUGCUAUAGUUGGAGAGUCAAACUCUUCUCCCACCGUUGGCUUGGCAUCUUUGGUCGGUCCAUUCAGUGUACCUGUUAUCAGUCAUUUUGCCACAUGUGCAUGCCUGAGUAACAAAAAAAGAUAUCGAUCCUUCUUCAGAACAAUACCCAGUGAUUAUUACCAAAGCAGAGCUCUGGCCCAGCUUGUCAAGCACUUUGGCUGGACUUGGAUUGGGACGGUCAGGAGUCGUAGUGACUAUGGUAACAAUGGUAUCGCAGCAUUUGAGGAGGCUGCAAAACAAGAAGGAAUUUGCAUUGAGUACUCAGAGGCGGUAUUUAAAACUGAUCCAGAAGAACAGUUUCUGAAGACACUACAAGUGAUAAAAAAGGGCACCGCCAGAGUGGUGCUGGCAUUUAUGGCAUUCGGAGAUUUUGUUCUUCUUCUGAAAGUAAUUGCACAACACAACAUAACAGGAAUACAAUGGAUUGGCAGUGAAUCCUGGAUCACUUCUCAAAAUCUGGCAGAAACAAAGGAAUACAGUUUUCUUUCUGGAGCUGUGGGUUUUGCUAUAGCAAAUGCCAAAAUUGUGGGCCUGCGAGAGUUCCUACUAAAUGUGCACCCUCAUCAAGAACCAAACAAUGAACUUUUAAAAGAAUUCUGGGAAACAGUUUUUCUCUGCUUUUUCAGGAACAGUGGCAGUGGUGGCUGUACUGGCUCAGAGAGACUUGCAGAGCUGCAGAAUGAAUAUACUGAUGUAUCAGAGCUACGGAUAGUAAAUAAGGUGUAUACGGCUGUAUAUGCUGUCGCACAUACACUACAUAAUGUAUUAAAUGAUUUCAGAUCCUCCAUCAACACCAGCAAAGGAGAACGGCCCACACCACAAAAGAUAUUGGAAUAUAUGAAAGAUGUGAGCUUCACUGUCAAAACAGGUGAGAAAAUCUUCUUUGAUGCAAGUGGUGAUCCAGUAGCGAGAUAUGAUCUGGUGAAUUGGCAGUCUGCUGAGGAUGGAAGUAUGCAGUUUAAGCAUGUGGGCUUCUAUGACAGCUCACUGUCUUCAGAGCAAUGUCUUCAAGUCAAUCAGGAACACAUGCUAUGGGCAGGAAACAGUGGAGAGUUGCCUGUGUCUGUGUGCAGUGAGAGCUGCCUUCCUGGCACUAGGAAGGCUGUGCAAAAGGGGCGACCUGUCUGCUGUUAUGAUUGUAUUCCAUGUGCAGAGGGAGAAAUCAGUAAUGGCACAGAUUCUAGUGACUGCUUUCCUUGUGAUUUGGAGUACUGGUCGAAUGAAAGCAGAGACAGAUGUGUAUUAAAAGUAGUUGAAUUCCUUUCCUAUACAGAAAUCAUGGGGAUGGUGCUUUGUAUUUUUUCCUUCAUUGGGGCGUUAUUAACAGCAAUUGUAUCUUUUCUCUUUUAUCUUCAUAAAGAAACACCUAUUGUCAGAGCUAACAACUCCGAGCUGAGCUUCUUGUUGCUCUUCUCACUCUUACUUUGUUUUGUCUGUUCACUUACUUUCAUUGGUCGGCCCACUGAGUGGUCCUGUAUGUUGCGUCACACAGCAUUUGGGAUCACUUUUGUCCUCUGUAUCUCUUGUGUUCUGGGGAAAACAGUAGUUGUCUUAAUGGCUUUCAGGGCUACACUUCCAGGAAGUAAUGUCAUGAAAUGGUUUGGGCCUCUUCAACAGAGACUCAGUGUUGUUUCCUUAACAUUAAUACAGGUGCUUAUAUGUGUGCUUUGGUUAACGGUAUCCCCUCCUUUCCCAUACAUGAAUCUGAGCUAUUAUAGAGAAAAGAUCAUUUUAGAAUGUAACUUAGGUUCAGCUCUUGGAUUCUGGACUGUUUUGGGUUAUACUGGGCUGCUAUCAAUCUUGUGUUUUGUUUUAGCUUUUUUUGCUCGUAAACUGCCUGAUAAUUUCAAUGAAGCCAAGUUCAUCACAUUCAGUAUGCUCAUAUUCUCUGCUGUCUGGCUCACAUUUAUCCCAGCUUAUGUCAGUUCUCCUGGAAAAUACACUGUAGCUGUGCAAAUAUUUGCAAUUUUAGCAUCAAGUUUUGGUUUGCUAUUUUGCAUAUUUGCCCCAAAAUGUUACAUAAUUUUGCUAAAACCGGACAAAAACACAAAAAAUCAAAUGAUGAAGCAACACAGAUGA